UCGAUAACGAAAUUGGAGCGAAGAGAGCAAUCAAAAGCAGAAAGCAAAGAGGUGGUUCUAGAGAGUAAUGGAGGAUUUGCAGAGUGUUCUUUUGGAUCGCAACUUAACAGUUUCCAGUGUCCCAGAAAAGGGUCGUUCCCUCUUUGUAACAAAGGAUUUUUACCCUGGGGAGGUAAUCAUAAGUCAAGAGCCUUAUGUUUGUGUUCCAAACAACAACUCAGUUCAGAAAAGGUGCGAAGGAUGUUUUACAACAACUAACCUUAAGAAAUGCUCACGGUGCCAAGUUGUGUGGUACUGUGGAACCUCUUGUCAGAAGUUAGAGUGGAAGUUUCAUCGUCUUGAAUGUGAGGUCCUCUCUCGGCUAGACAACGACAAGAAAAAAUAUGUCACACCAUCCAUUCGAUUGAUGGUUAAACUUUAUCUUCGAAGGAAGCUGCAAAAUGAGAAGAUCAUACCAAGCACUGUUAUGGACAACUACAACUUGGUGGAGGCUUUAGUGUCUCACAUGUCUGACAUCACCAAGGAGCAACUGCUGCUGUAUGCGCAGAUGGCUAAUCUAGUAAACGUGAUACUACAGUGGCCUGAAAUCAAUAUAAAAGAGAUUGCAGAAAAUUUUUCUAAGUUUGCAUGCAAUGCACAUACCAUUUGUGACAGCGAGUUGAGACCAUUGGGAACAGGAUUGUAUCCGGUUAUUUCCAUUAUCAAUCACAGCUGCUUGCCCAAUUCUGUGUUGGUUUUUGAGGGAAGGUCAGCGUCAGUUCGAGCUGUGCAACAUGUUCCCAAAGGUAGUGAGGUACUAAUAAGUUACAUAGAGACUGCUGGAAGCACUAUGACUCGACAGAAAGCUCUCAAAGAGCAGUACCUAUUCAAUUGUACAUGUCCUCGCUGUUCUAAACUGUUAGUUUUGAAGGGCCAGUAUGAUGAUAUCCGAGAAAGUGCAAUUCUAGAAGGAUACAGAUGUAAAAAUGAAAAAUGUGAUGGUUUCUUGCUUCGUACUACUGAUGGAAAAGGAUUCCAAUGCCAACAAUGUGGUUUGGUUAGGGAAAAGGAAGAGAUAAAGAAAACUGCAACCGAGAUAAAAUCACUAUCAGAGGAAGAAGCUUCUAAGCUUUCAUCUGCCGGCUAUUAUCAAGAAGCUAUUUCCAUAUAUAAAAUGAUUGAGAAACUGCAAACAAAACUCUAUCAUCCUUUCUCCAUCAACUUGAUGCGAACUCGAGAGAAGAUUUUGAAGUCAUUGAUGGAGCUGGAACAUUGGAGUGAGGCUUUAGCAUACUGCAAAUUGACCAUACCAGUCUAUCAAAGUGCAUAUCCAGCUAUUCACCCUCUGCUCGGUUUGCAGUACUAUACAUGUGGAAAACUUGAAUGGUAUCUGGGAGAAACAGAGGAAGCCGUGAAAUCACUGACCAAGGCAGUGGAUAUACUAAGGAUUACUCAUGGGACAAACACACAUUUUGUGACGGAACUUUUGAUGAAGUUGGAAGAAGCCCGUGCCGAAGCAUCUUACAAAUCUUCCUCUAAAGAGUAGGACAGUAGGAUUCAACUAUGAUUCCCCAAUACUUCAUAUGGCUUGACCAAUA